AUGGCUUCUGAAGGAUUAGAAAAGCUUACUGAAGUUCCACUCGAGUUCUUCAAGGAUGGUAGUGCAUUCAUUAAGAAAUGUCAAAAGCCAGACAAGAAAGAAUACAUGAAGAUCAUUAGAGCUGUUGGUGUCGGAUUUGUCAUGAUGGGUGUUGUUGGUUACGCUGUCAAAUUAUUACACAUUCCAAUCAGAUAUUUAAUUGUUUAA